AGAAAGUGGGUUCCGCGCUGUGUCCCGCAGCGGCAGCAAGUGGACUCCUGCUCCAGUGUGAAGCGUGGUCAUCAGAGAAGCCCCCCCCCCUUCUAGUUCAAAGGACGCUGAUGGCUUUUGAGCAGACACUUCAAAAGGAUUGGUAUAGCAUUCUGGGGGCAGACCCAUCUGCAAAUGUGUCAGACCUAAAACAAAAAUACCAGAAACUCAUAUUACUGUAUCAUCCAGAUAAACAAAGAGCAGAUGUACCAGCAGGAACCAUGGAGGAGUGUAUGCAGAAGUUCAUUGAAAUUGAUCAGGCAUGGAAAAUUCUAGGAAAUGAAGAAACCAAGAAAAAGUAUGACCUGCAGCGGCAUGAACAUGAGCUAAGAAAUGUGGGGCCAAUAGAUGCACAGGUAUGCCUUGAAGAGAUGUCCUGGAAUGAAGAUGAUGAGUCUUUCUCUCUGAGCUGCCGAUGUGGUGGGAAAUAUACUGUCUACAAGGAUGAAGCACAAGAAGCAAACCUCAUUUCUUGUGAUACAUGCUCACUGAUUGUAGAGCUCCUUCAUCAGAGCUGAACUGUGUUCAUUCCUGGAAUCCUUUACCAAAAAGAUACAGAUGCUUUUUUGUUAUUAGCUGUAUAAAUUGUGAAUGUAAGAUGAAAUCUUCAA